GUGGAGACGUGACGUCAUAAGGCUGCCCCGCGCUCCUGCUUUUGUGAUACAGCUUAAGAAAGGUUUGUCCCACCAGAGUCGCCAAAAAAAGAGAAAGUGUCCAAACACAGGAAAUUUCUACUGAAGCAACUGAGAUCUACUGAAAGAUGGCUUUUAUUAAAGAGGAGAGUGAAGAUGUGAAGAUGGAAGAAACAUUCAGAGUCAAACAAGAAGACACUGAGAAACAAACAGACCUGAUGGCACUGAAAGAAGAGAGUCAAAACCUGAAUGAAAAAGAGAAAAAUCUGAGUGAUGAGAAGCAUCAGGAUUUCAUAACUGAAGAAAAAUCUUUCAGUUGCACACAGUCAAAAACGAUUUCCGUUCGAAAAAAAGCUCAGAAAACAGGAUCUGGGAAGUUCAUCUGCAAACAGUGUGGAAAAAGUUUCAUUCUAAAAGCAUCUCUUAAAGUACAUGAAUUUAUCCACACUGGAGAAAAGCCUUUCACCUGCCCUCAGUGUGGUAAGGGUUUUUCACAAAGAUCAGCAUUGUAUCCCCACAUGAGGAGUCACACUGGAGAGAAGCCUUUCACAUGCCAGCAAUGUGGACAAAGCUUCAGUGGAAGAGGAAACCUUCAGGUUCACAUGAGACUUCACACUGGAGAAAAGCCUUUCACCUGCCAACAGUGUGGAAAAGGUUUCAGUCAAAAUGAAACCCUUAAAGUCCAUAUGAGCAUUCACACUGGAGAAAAGCCUUUCACCUGCCAACAGUGUGGGAAAGGUUAUACUCAAAGGAAUAACCUUCGAAUCCACAUGAGAAGUCAUUCUGGAGAGAAGCCUUUUCCCUGCCAACAGUGUGGAAAAAGUUUCACUGUAAAAGAAAAUCUUAAAAUACAUGAAAGAAUUCACACUGAAGAGAAGCCUUACAUAUGCUUUCAGUGUGGUAAGGGUUUUUCACAAAGAUCAGCAUUGUAUCCCCACAUGAGAACUCACACUGGAGAGAAGCCUUUCACAUGCCAGCAAUGUGGACAAAGUUUUACUUAUAGCAGAAUCUUUAAGGAUCACCUGAGAAUUCACACUGGAGAGAAGAAGCCUUUCAAAUGCCAACAGUGUGGAAAAGGUUUCUCUCAAAAGAGCUACAUUAAAUACCACAUGAGAGUUCACACUAGAGAGAAGAGCCUUCUCAGCUGCCACCAAUGUGAGAGAAGUUUCCCUAAUAAUGGGAGUCUUACAGUCCACAUGAAAACUCACAACAGAGAGAACGUGUUCACAUGCCAGCAGUGUGGAAAAACGUUCUUUCGAAAAUCUAAUCUUAAAAGCCAUAUGAAAGUUCACACCGAAGAAAAACCUUUCAUCUGAAAAAACAUUGUAUGAAUCAUGUCUAAUUGGAGAGAAGCCUUUCAUGUGCCAUCCAUCACUGUUCAAUCACAGCAAACCUUAGGCUACAUUUUACUCGACACCAUGUGGUCAAAAAUGUAAAAAAAAGUUUUACGUGUACACAACAACCUUUUCAAAAUGAUUCGCUGUCACUAGGGGUGCUCUGAUCACGAUCGGCCGAUCGUUAUGUGCAUCUCAUCAGUAAAGCCGGUUCUCUAAUCAGCGGUUUAUUCCAUCAGGUGAGUGAUUUCACAUAUAGAAGAUGUUACUACACAGAGCCGUUGUUAAUAGAGAAGAUGCGCAAAUCCACUUCAUUUUCACCGUUUUUUUUUGGUGCAUCUUCUCAGUUAACAACGGCUCUGUGUAGUAACAGCUGCUCUAUGUGAAAUCACGCACCUGAUGCAAUUAACUGCUGAUUAGAUAACCGGCUUUACUGACGAGAUGCGCAUUAACGAUCGGCUGAUCGUGAUCGGAGCACCCCUAGCUGUCAACUUGUUAGAAAUACAGGUUUUAAAUGAAUUUGAAAAAGCAAAUGAAUUUAAUAACUUUUAUAAUCAUUUUGAAUUGACGGGAAAUGGUAGCAUUGAUGAAUGUAGAGAUUUGCUUAGUUCAGUAAUAUGUGAUUAUACAAAGGAUAGAAUUAUGGUGAUAGACCUUAGUGCUGUUGCUAAAAUCUUUAAAAGGCCACAUGUCAAAAAGUCCAGUGGUCCAGAUGGUAUUUCAGCUUUUUUACUUAAAACAUUUGCUGAUGAAUUAUCUCUAGCCUGGAGACCACUAUUUCAAUGAUCACUCGACACUGGAAUUAUUCCUACAAUAUGGAAAAAAGCAGUCAUUAUCUCUGUUCCAUAUAUAUUGUUAAUGGAGAUGAUGAUUUUGCAAUUAUACUGUCUUGAUUAAUGCUUAAGUUGUUAUAAACAGAUGUACUGUAACCUAAGUAGUAAUAAUGCUUUUGCUUAAGUACAAAGAUGUAACCCUGUGAUUAAUGCUAUAUGGAAAAUGUAUUGUGUAACUUCACUAACAUUAAGAAAACUGCUUACUUGCAUGAAAUGUAUGUAGUGACUGAUUUAGAGUAGAAACAACUAGAAUUAAAAGUUAGUGAACUAACUUUGAUG